AUGACUGAUCAUAAACUGACACCUUCAACACCUUCCAGCACCUCGCGUCAUUCAAUGAUUCUGUUGAAAGGAUCCUCGCCUCCCGGCAACUCCCGGAACAUUUUCAGUAAACUUCUCCAUAGAAGAAGUUCUACUAGCCUGCCUAUCGGCCCACACUCAAGUUCUUCCACAAGGGCCUCCGCCGACAUAUCCGUCCAAAGAUCUCGCUCCAAGCGUAGCGAUAGGUCCGUUUCACGCACCCAUAGCGUCCGCAAAGCAGACCGGUCCGUGGUGGACGAUAACGAUAGUUUACGCUCCGAUGAGACGUUUAAUGAGAACGACGAAUCGGAUGUUUCUUCCGUAUAUUCCAAUCUUCAUCACACGGGAUCCACAACAUUCUCGGAGCCAUUACCAGGCUCGUCCGAAACCAGCUUCGAGGACGUGGACCGUAAAUUGAACGAAUUGUUGGUGCUGGGUCCUGCCAUCUCGGAGUCGCCCUGGCAAGGUUUCAAUCGAGAUGCCCUCAAUCCUCCCAAAUAUGUCAAGGUGAUGCGACGCAACAAGGGAAGCCCUAAGACGGUGAGGCGGAUCUUCUUGGCCCAGGAGUUGAACGACGAAUCCGACUCUGACAGUGUUUUGGAUGAAUCUCCUGCUACUUCCAAUAUGGACCUUGACGGGGAUGCGGCUGCCAACUUGGAUAAAGCCGGUGAAAAGCCGGCCGAGGUGGACAGCUCGCUUUCCAAAGAGGUGUUCUCGAUGUUGUUCAGCCGUGAUGGGAAGUACUUGGCCAUCGCUGGUCGGGACUCGGUCAUCAAGGUGUACAAAGUGCUAUCAUCGCCAUUAGGCCGUAUGGAAUACCAAAACCACGAGGAAGCCCAUUCCAAGAACAAGAAGAAGUCCAAAUCACAAGAUGAGGUGUAUCCGUAUGCUCCCGUCUUCCAUCAGAAGCCUGUGCGUGUGUUCAAAGGUCAUACGAAGAGUGUUCUUUCCAUUGACUGGAGUAAAAACAAUUUUUUGCUCUCUGGAAGCAUGGACAAAACCGUCAAGUUGUGGCAUGUGGAUAGGGCAGACUGCUUGGCUACUUUCCAACAUGAGGACUUUGUUACGACUGUCAAGUUCCAUCCGAAUGAUGAUCGGUUCUUUUUGAGUGGUUCUUUGGACAACUACGCAAGGCUUUGGUCUAUUCUCGAAGGGAGUGUUGCUUACGGCAGGAACUUGGGCGACGAAAUGUUGAUAACCGCCUCCUGUUUCACCCCCGAUGGCUUACACUGCUUGUUUGGUGGGUUCAAUGGAACCAUCGCUAUGCUUGAAACAAAGGGUUUACAUAUAAUCCACAGCUUUGAUAUCAAGCCUGGUAUGCCUCUGUUGAAACCCAAAACCGGCAAGAAGGUCACCAGCAUCCAGGCCCUCGUAAACGAGGCACACCAAGAUGAUGAUGACUUGAAGUACAAGUGGACUUAUUUGAUCACCACCAACGACUCACGAAUCAGAUUGAUCAAUGCCAAUGAAAAGAAGCUUGUAACCCGGUUUAAAGGUGUUACUAAUACAACCUCAGUUGAGGCAUCUAUUUCAGAUGAUUGUAGAUACAUUCUUGCAGGUUCGGAGGACCAUUGGUGCUAUGUGUGGGAAAAUAACAACGCCAUAAUUAACAACAAGUUGAAAUCAGCUGUUAGUGAAAUGUUAAAUGGAAAGAGACAUCUUAUUACUGACUUGGAAUCCAAGCACAAGAAGUACUACGACUUCAUUAUCAAGAACAAGUUGUUGAAAAAGCUCAAUGCUGAACAGUUCUUGAAAGAUGAUCAGCAUUCGGAGUUCAUAGCGAAUGAGAAUAGCAGCUAUACUUCUUUCCAUGCCCAUCAUUCGUCCGUAAAUGCUGCUAUUUUCGCCCCCAGCUUGACCAAAAAGCUCCUUGAGUUGUCUGACGAUGUUGUGUUUGACAUGAUCAAAAGAGGACGUAAUUGUGCUUCGGCUGACGAGUUUCCCAAAGUCAACAUUCCUGAUCAACACGAAAUUGAUACGGGUAUAGCUGGCUUCAUAAUGGUAACCACUGAUGAGACAGGUUUAAUCAGAGUUUUCAGACAGGAUGUUGCCUAUGAUCUUCGGAAGGGCAUCAUUGACUAUUACAAGAAACUGACGAGAAAAGAAUGUCCAACAUUAACCAAGUCUUCCAGAAUUGUGACGAAAGUGAAAUCACCAGCUCUUUCACCUUCUUCUUCGAUGUCUUCUGUGCCAAAUCUCGUGAAGCAUGAACCGUACCUCUCAACUAAAAGAUUUGAUAGCAGGCCUCCACUGAAGUCCAUCUCAAACGGAAUUUUGAACUCCCAGAACGGAACUUUUAAAAUCAAGUCAGAUGCUGUCAUCUUUGAACAGAACUCACAACGGAUUGCCUCAUCUGGAGUUAUCACCCCAGAUUAUGAACCUGAGGUUCCAUUCCCGUCGAUCAAAAAUUCAGACUCUAGACUGUCUGUUCCACUCUUUGUAAAUACUGCAGUUGAUAGCCAAACGCCUGAAGUAAUGCAAUUUCAGACCCCGGUUACUUCUGCUCCCAAAACCACCACGUUCAAGUCUUAA